AUGAGCGUCCGGGUGGCGCGGGCGGCCGGGCCGGCGCGGGCCUGGGCUGGGGGCUGGGGCGCCGGCCGCCGCCGCGGGGCCUCGAGCGCCCCGCCGCCUCCCCCGGCGUCGUACGUGGCGGCGCUGCUGCGAGAUGCCGCCGCCGAGGAGGCCGGGCCCUGGGCGGCGGCGCGGCGCCCGCCGGGCCAGCGCUCGGUGCUGCUCUUCCCGGGCCAGGGCAGCCAGGCGGUGGGCAUGGGCCGCGGGCUGCUGCGCUACCCGCGCGUCCGCGAGCUCUACGCCGCCGCGCGCCGCGUGCUGGGCUACGACCUGCUGGAGCUGAGCCUGCGCGGGCCGCGGGAGGCCCUGGACCGCACCGCCUGCUGCCAGCCGGCCGUCUUCGUGGCCUCGCUGGGCGCCGUGGAGAAGCUGCAUCACCUGCAGCCCCAGGUCAUUGAGAACUGUGUUGCUGCCGCUGGAUUCAGCGUGGGGGAAUUUGCAGCCCUGGUGUUUGCUGGAGCCAUGGACUUUGCUGAAGGUCUGUACGCUGUGAAGGUCCGAGCCGAGGCCAUGCAGGAGGCCUCGGAAGCUGUGCCCAGCGGGAUGCUGUCUGUCCUCGGCCAGCCCCAGUCCAAGUUCACAGCCGCCUGCUGGGAAGCCCGGGAGCACUGCAAGUCUCUGGGCAUGGAGGACCCCGUGUGCGAGGUGGCCAACUACCUCUUUCCCGAUGGCAGGGUGAUCUCAGGACACCUGGAGGCGCUGCGGUUUCUCCAGAAGAACUCCUCCAAGUACCGCUUCAGACGCACCAAAAUGCUGAAUGUCAGUGGGGGCUUCCACACGCGCCUCAUGGAGCCAGCCCUGGAGCCCCUGGCGCAGGCCCUGAAGGCCAUUGAGGUGAAGCAGCCCCUGGUCUCCGUGCACUCCAACAUUGACGGGAAAAGGUACGCACACCCCACGCACAUCCAGAGGCUGCUGGUGCAGCAGGUGGUCUCCCCGGUGAGGUGGGAGCAGACCAUGCACGCCAUCUACGAGCGCAAGAAGGGCACCGCGUUCCCCAGGACCUUCGAGGUGGGGCCCGGGAAGCAGCUGGGCAGCAUCCUGAAGAGCUGCAACCUGCAGGCCUGGAAGGCCUACCGCCACGUGGACGAGCUGGGGGCCGACGAGGACCCUGGCCUGGACCCUACCCUGUAGGCGGCUCCCGGGCCCAGGGCAGUGGCUCUGGGGGCCUGUUGCCCACCCGCCUGCAGUGGAGGUCGUGGGCCCUGCCCGCCCUGCCCCGGGGCCUCCUCCCAGAGACUAGAAGAUUUAUACAAAGGCUUUAAAUUUUAUGUGAAAAACAAAAGCACAAAAACUGUGACUUUAUGUGACACGAGCCGCUUCUGUUCUGGGCACAGAUGGGACUGGAAGGUCGGCUGGUGCCUCCGGAGUGUGCUGGGAGGCCAGGUACGUGCUGACCAUUCACGAGUCAGGUCACUGCCAGAGGGGCCCCUCCGGCACACCUGCGCGAGGACUGGGCCGGGCCCUGCUCCCCUCCCUGCCCCAGGGUCCUUUCAGACAGGGCCUCUGCAGGGCCCCCUGCCUGCCCCUCCAGGCUGAAGCGCCCCCUUUCAGUGCACCGGGACACUCGAGGGGGUGAAAUCUCUGAGCUGGUCUUGUGCAUACCCCAUGGGGUUGGCCUGCGCCCCGGGCAGAGCCGUGCUUGCUGGGGUGGGAGUCGUGCACUGGCAGGCCUGUGCCCCCGCGCCCAGCACUGUGAGGAAGAGCCCCGUAAAGCUUGGCCCCGGGGUGUUCAGCAUCAGCAAACCUUGUUGCUGUGUAAGUAACCGCGGUGGGUUUGCACCCUUCCCAGGCGCUGCGGGCCGGCAGCCUGGAGCCCAGGCUCUGCGGUCGGGCCCUGUUCUCAGUCACGUCCAGCUGAGGAACACAGUCUCGUGAGGGGCAGCGUCACCUGGGGUUGCUGUCCCUUGGGGCCUUUGACCUCUCGGCACCCCUUCCCUCAGGGUCCAGUGGUGCUCCCGGCUCCACCCACAGGCAAUGGGGGAGCGCAAGCAAAAAGCACAGGGUGCACGGGGCGCCCUCAAGGAAAACCCCAAAAAGGAAGCAGUUUCCCUGCUCAAGGCAACAGCAGGGAGCCUGCUGUCCAUCAGCGCACCGGGUGCAUACAGCAGGUGCCAGUUAGAGGCACAUCCCGCCGCCCGCCCGCACCCAUGCUGGCGGAGCUGUGGGCUGCUGGAGCCGUGUCUUCUGCGACCCUCCCCUCCUGCGUUUUAUGGGGGAUGUUCGGUCUAGAUCCCAGCCCGGCUCUUCCCUGGGCCCCUCCCUGAAUGCCCAAAUCUGCACGUCGCCCACGUGGGGCAGGCCUCUCAUUCCUGCCUUGACGAGCCCAGGGGGUCCUGUGCCCCCACACACACCCCAGCCGCCCACAUCCGAGCUUCCCCAACAUGGAGAAAAUGCCCCGCAGCCAGGAACUGGGUCGACACCAACUAGGUCGUGGGGGUGGGCAGUGCCCCUGGGUUGGUCCUUGCCACACCCCUGGCCACGCUGAGUUUGCAGUGGGUCCCCAGGACCGCAGGGUGAAUGUGUCCUCACUGGGCGAGCCCCAGGCACACUUCCUGGGUGAGACAGGUCUGGAGAGGACGGCACGGCCUCUCCGCAGGCCAGCACCAGGCACCUGGGCAACAGUGGCCUGGGAAGCUGGGGGUUCUGGGCCUGCCCUGAGGUUGUGAGGGGGAGUCACACACAUAGGGGAGGGGUGAAAUCAGCCCGCAGAGCCCGGAGGCUAGACCUUGAGGAGCUGAGGGCUGGUGGUGGCGAGGGGACCCCGUUGCAAGGACCAGGGCGAGGAAGCGGGGCGGGAGCAUGUGCCAGGUCUGCGCCAGGGCUGGAAAGACAGAGGCCCCGGAGGGGCAGGCGAUGUGGCCGCCGUGGGGAGCCAGGGCUGAUGGAAGCAGCUCGCCCAGCCCAGGUCUGGCGUUGAAGGUCGGGCACUGGGGGUGGGAGGCGACCGCCCAAGCUCUGGGAGGGGCUGGCGGGGCUUAGAAACGGUGCCACACCUGGAUAGGGACAGGCUGGGCCAGCGUCCCCUCCCCGCCUCUCCCAUGAGAGCCGCACAGACCGCGUGUCCGGCGGGGGGGGCUGGAGGCCACACGUGGGAGGGCAGCCCUGGCAGCCGCAGGAAGUAGUCCCGCAUGGUGGCCUGCGGGCAGGACGGGGGCAGGAGCAGCUUCGCUGGCCACAAUGAAGACGGCGUUUGCAAGCGCGUGAGCCGGAGGCUGGACUCGUGGCUGCUCCGGUGCUAGGAGCUAGGCUGCUAGGCUAGGUGCUGUGCUAGGCUAGGCUAGGCGCUAGGCUCCGGUGCUAGGAGCUAGGCUGCUCCGGUGCUAGGAGCUAGCCCAGCCCUUCCCUCCGCCAGCCGAGACAGCCCUCCGUUCAACCCCCAGAGAGGACCAGAGACGGCUGCAAACCAACAUUUUAUUGCGCUCUCCUCGCCCCGGGGAACAUCUAGCCGGUAGGUUUCUCUUCACUGGGAGCACCACAGACGCAGGGGUGUGACCAGCACUCCCCCUGCGGCCGCCUCCCAGUCUUGCCCAGGGAGGAGGGCUCCCCCAGGGCGGGCCCCAGGAGGACGGCAGGGAGAGCAGGCCCAGCAGGGCAGUUCACCAGUAACAGCCCAGAGGUAUGAUGAAUUCAUUUCUUAUAAAAUAAACAAGAAAAAACUAGUAUCAAACCUCAGAAGUGUCCCAGCACUCAGAGUUUAAAUAUAAAAAAGGAUCAGGAAACAGUUAAAAAGACAGCAAAACCAACGGGGCCACCUCCAGGGUGGG